AUGUCGGACGGGCCCAAUUGGUCACACAGCAAAAAACGGCGCCGUUUGUCUCUGGGCUCAAUCGGCGAUUGGUGCGUCGUCGGCGGUUACAGAGGCGGCGAGGGCCAAUCAGGGCGCGUGCCGCUGCUCCUGCGCGUCGGGGGAACAUGGGGGGGCGGCUCCAUCGGGUUGCAGGGCGUCAGGGAGCCCCUGCCCGCUGUGGACGGCCCUGUAAUGAGCUGCUACCGAGGGGGGUACCGGGGAGUCGGAGGAGAUGCUCCGGAACACUCGAGAUCCGGCAUCCUGUUGCUCCGCAUGGCCUUGCAGCCAUUCUAUACGGGUACGGCAAGCACUUACACGCAGUCUCACCUGGCUAUUGUGAGGCACGCCACAGAAUUUGUGAAGCACGCCGCGUUUGGCCUGUUUCCCCCAGGGCCACCCACCCUUCCCUGCACGAACUCGCCCAUGUAA